AUGAGUUUCCGAGGCGGAGGUAGAGGCCGGGGUGCACCCCGAGGCGGUGGUCGUGGUGGUCGUGGCGGCGGCGGUAGAUCGUUUGCGCCACAAGGCCCCCCGGAUCAGGUGGUUGAAUUGGGAGAGAUGCUGCGAUGCUGCGAGGGAGAUCUAGUGUGCAAGAGCACGAAUCCGAUGAUUCCCUACUUUAAUGCCCCUGUGUACCUAGAGAAUAAGUCACAGAUCGGAAAGGUCGACGAGAUCUUCGGAGCGAUUAAGGACGUGCACUUCACCGUGAAGAUGUCUGAUGGCAUGGUCGCCACCUCGUUCAAGAACGGCUCAAAGUUCUUCGUAGGCACGGAUAAGCUACUACCAUUACAAAGAUUUCUGCCCAAACCACCAGCACCAAAGGGUGUUGGCAAGCCCCGUGGAGGUGGUCGUGGCGGUGGUCGUGGCGGUGGUCGUGGCGGUGGUCGUGGCGGUGGUUUCUCGAGAGGAGGUGGUCGUGGCGGUGGCUUCUCAAGAGGCGGCCGUGGUGGUGGCUUCUCCCGAGGGGGAGGCAGAGGUGGGGGUUUCAACAGAUAG